GAUAAACCUCGCUCUCGGCGUUUCAUCGUCGAUCGAUAGACGCUGAAACUUCGAUCUUCAUGCUAUUAUUGUUCACAACGCCUAGGACAAGUCGAUCUCUUAAAAAUCUCGAUUACUCGCCGCAAACAGGCUAGAAUUCGAAUAAUUCUUUAGGACUGUGCGAAACUUGCGGCACCUGUAAAGAAAGUGAAGAGGAUGAUCGACUAUCGUGGGUAAAAUCAAGUUUAUCGCCGUAAGCGUAUGUUCCAUGUAACGCCGAGAGCUUACCUGGGUAGGUGAACAUGCUCGUGUGCUCAGCAGUUUAUCAGUAACGUGCUGACAGUCCGCACGGACCCGUGGAACGACGCUGCUCAAAUAAACUCUCGCGUUUCUCGUGCGGCGAACUCGACAAAUAGUCUUCGACAUAAUGCAUCAUCGUUAAUAAGAAACAUCAUAUUUGACUCUCAGUGCGAGAAUAAGUUUCUAAACAAAAACGGGAGUGAAAGAAAUACGUGAAUUUUGGGCGAAGUGACGUGUUAUCAAUGGAAAUAUAAAAUACUUUGUUGCACAGUGAUAUUGAAGGGUCUACGAGGAAACUAUUGAACUGAGACACCGAAAUGUCCUGGUAUUAGAAAAUGAAAGAGGAAUAUGGCUUAGUGUGAGGCAGGAAAUUAACGAAGAGCAAGAGAAUAGUUAAUGCAUCCUCUAUAAGAGUUUUAUGGAAAUCCAUCGAGAACACCACCAGGUAGCCAAUCAGAAACGUAACGGUGAUUUGUACCGUGCAAACAACCAUUCGUUGGGGGAUGGUAGCAAUCAUGUCAAUUAGGGGAUGCUCGCCGUCAAGAUGAUCUCCACGAAACCGAUCACCACAAUUUCGUGGCUGUUAAGAUGUUACAAGAGACGCAGAUUUAAGUCUGGGUGGCUUGUGUUCGUAUUCAUCUGUUUUCUGUCGAGCUGUUCGGCUAGGAACAAUCCACCUCGUUUUCUCACCGAUGGCCAAACGGAAAUUAUUCUCAGGCUCAAGGAAGGACCUGAUACACCAGUCGGCAGUUUAAUUUACAGGCUUCGCGGCGUCGAUCCUGACGGUGACAGCCUGACGUUCGGCGUUAGAGAUCAACCUGGCAGCGACGUGAUUCGGGUCGAGAAUUUCAGCCCGAACGAGGCCAAUAUUUACCUGAACAAAUUGCUGGACAGAGAGACCAGGGAUGAGUAUGCGUUGGUGCUGACUCUGACGGAUGGAAGGCUCGGAGAGGGUAAUUUCCUCACGCAAAGUUUACUGCUACUGGUGGAAGAUGUUAACGACAACGUGCCAAUUUUUCGGCCACAUCCAACAUCUUUGACGAUACGAGAGGACUCUGGACCUGGUGUUUUAACGACGGUCGAAGCGUAUGAUGCUGAUCUGGGAGUACACGGACAGGUGGUUUACUAUCUGCAGGAACUGGACGGAGAAAAUGACGUGUUCAGCGUCACAACCAUCAAUGGGAAAGGUGUCAUCCGCUUGGUUGGUCGUUUGGACUACGAAAGAAAAUAUUUGUACCAACUGAGGAUAUUGGCAAUCGAUCGAGCGAUCAAUGAAAAGGUAAAUACAGGAACAACCGCGAUACUCGUUAAGGUUCAAGACGUCGAGGAUCAACCGCCGGAAUUCAUAACCAUGACGCCUGUUGCUAGGAUCAGUGAAAAUGCUCGGAUCGGCACGUCCGUUCUUCAAGUUCGCGCAGUUGACGGCGACAAGGGGAUAAAUAACAAAGUCACGUACAGCAUUACGCGAGGGCCGAGAUACCUGUUCGACAUUGACGCAACAUCUGGCUUGGUGUUUACCAGGGCGCAACUCGACAGGGAAGCGGAAGAAAACGCGGAAGGCGCCUUUGUCUUGGAAAUUACCGUGAGGGAAGUGUCGAAAAUAGUGCCUGCGCCGUCGGUAUCGACCGAAGUCACUAUUAUUCUUACGGACGUUAACGAUGAGACUCCCAAGUUCCGAAGUACGAGAUACCGAGCCGAGAUAAAUGAAAAUGCGCCGCAGAAUACGCCGGUUAAUUUCAUCGGGGAUGCGAUACCGGAAGUGUACGAUCAUGACUUGGGAUCUAAUGGUACUUUCCGAAUAUUUAUCGAAGGUGAUGAUGGAAUGUUCGAUGUGACACCGUUUAGAGGAAUCAAUGAAGCUCCAUUUUUAAUCAGAGUCAAGAAUUCCAGCAAACUCGAUUUUGAAGUGAAAUCAGAGAUAAAUUUUACAUUAAUCGCGAAAGAAGUCGUAUCAGUGGCGCCGAAGUAUAGCAUGGUACCAGUGACCGUUUUUAUUAAAGAUCAAAACGACAAUUAUCCAGAGUUCACUCAAGAUAUAUACGAGGUAUCGAUACCAGAAAAUUGUGCUGUUGGAACUACAGUAGCAUGGGUUCAGGCAUUAGACGAGGACAGUGGCAAUUUUGGAACUCGUGGAAUCAGAUACACACAUUUGGGAGGCAGUAUUGCGCACGCACUAUUAAUGGAUUCCCUGACUGGCGUGAUCACAGUUAAAAUGGCGGGUCCGAGUUUUGAUCGAGAACUAGUAUCCCGGCAUUAUUUAACGAUCGAAGCGAGAGACGAUCUCGGAAAAGGUAACCAAAACACAGUUCAAUUAAUUGUGAACGUGAACGAUGUCAACGAUAACGCGCCUGUAUUUCUGCACAACAAAUACGAGGCUGUACUUUUGGAGAACGAGGAUCGUUUCGAAUCACCGCUGAUCAUCGAAGCCUUCGACAUCGACUUGAAUGGUACUAAAAAUAGCGAAGUGGUGUAUGCUAUAGUGUCAGGUGAAUUUUCGCGGAACUUCAGUAUCGAUCCGAAGCGCGGUAUAAUCGUUCCAGCAAGACCGUUGGAUUAUGAAGCAUUACCUAUCAGCCAAGGGCAUAAAGAAACAUCUGUACGUCCGCUGAGAUUGACAGUACGAGCCAGAGACGCGGGCACGCCGAGCUUGAGCUCCGACGCGCCAUUAAUUAUUUACUUAAAGGAUAUUAACGACAACGCGCCUGCCUUCGAGAGAACACUGUACAAGAGAAGCAUUACCGAAGACUUGGCUGGCGGUACCAGCGUAGUUCAGGUGAAAGCUUGGGACAAAGACUUAUCAUCGCCAAACAACAAAUUGGUCUACCGAAUUCAAAGUGGCGCAGGCGAUAAAUUCGUCAUCAGUCCGGAGACAGGAGUAAUUCGAGUCGCUCCUGGCUCUAAUUUAGAUCCAGAUCUCACUUCGCCAAAGACUACGAGGUACAGCUUGAACGUUCUCGCGAUAGACAGUGGGACGGAAAUUCAAAGAACCGCUGAAGUUCUCGUCAAUAUCACCAUCGUGGAUGUUAACAAUAAACCACCUAUUUUCAUCGAGCCCGGUACAGUUACUAUUCGCGAAAAUACUCAGGUUGGGGCGUACGUGCAUCGUGUAGUCGCCAAUGAUCCAGAUAUCGCACCAAUUUUGCGCUACCGCAUGGAUCCAAACUCAUCCGAGGCAAGAAACGAGGAAGGAACGCUAAUUAAAAUUCAGGAAUACGAUUAUUUAUCUGCCUUAGAAUUGAACGCACUCGAUGGAUUGCUUCGAGUAGUCAAACUGAUAGACAGGGAAAGAGUAGAGACGAUAAGGUUGGGUCUCGUUGUUGAAGAUUUAGCCGCAAUUAAAGGCGUACAAACUGCAUUUGCUACCCUAAACAUAAUAAUCGAGGAUGAAAAUGAUAACAACCCAAGGUUUCGAAGGCCAUUUUACAGGCGGUCGGUGACGGAGAACAGUAAAAAUGGCGUUAAUAUCGCCAGUAUCGUGGCUGAUGACGCUGAUAAGAAUCGCAGCAUUACGUAUUCAUUGGAAAGUCCGAAGGAAUUAGCGGAUUUAGUACAUCUUGAUUCGGAAACUGGCGAAAUGGUCGUGGCGAAUAAAAUUGAUAGGGAGCAAUAUUCCUGGCUCAAUCUAACAGUUAGGGCCACCGACUCGGGAAUACCGCCAAGAUCAAGUCUCUCCGAAGUAUACGUUCAGGUACUGGAUGAAAAUGACAACAAUCCAUAUUUUGUGACCGAUAUCAGCAAUUUGACUGUCAUGGAGAAUGCUAAGAUUGGUACAGAGAUCGCUGUUAUUCAAGCAAAAGAUUCUGACAGCGGUGAUUAUGGAAAAAUCACGUAUUUACUGGACAGAAUGUCGUCCCAAGGUGCUUUUGCUAUUCAUCCCGAAUGUGGUGCUUUGACUGUAGCUGAUUCCAUCGAUUGGGAAACUAAACAAAAUUAUGUUCUAGUCAUAGAGGCGUGGGAUAAUUAUCAGUUCGGUUACACAGCUGGAGAAUCCAGAAACGCGUUCAAGCAAAUUCAAGUGACAGUAACAGAUGUUAAUGACAAUCCACCGAAAAUGGACAUACCAGCAUCGUGCAUCACUAUAUCGGAGUUUCACGACGUCAAAGACUUAAUUUUUGUCAUUAAAGCGAAAGAUGCCGACGAUCCAACGACACCUAAUGGCCGUGUGAAGAUUAGAAUUCUUUCUGGGAACGAGUUAGGUUUAUUCAUCCUAGAGCAGACGGAUCAUUGGGCAGCAAAUCUAAAAGCGGCUCAUUCACUUCGAGGGAAGUUCGGAAAUUAUUCUUUGGUCGUGGAAGUACGAGAUCUUGGCAGCCCUUCUAACAAAGACACGUCUAUCCUAAAUAUUUGCGUUACUGAUUACAACGACAAUCCUCCGAUGUUUAUUAGUCCGCAACAUAAUACAACGAUUCGUGUGCCAGAGAAUGUAACAGUUGGAACGCAAAUUAUUCAAAUUGAAGCCCACGAUGCCGACACUGGUCCAAACGGUGACGUUCAUUUUCGUUUGAAGCAAGAUUUGGCUGGCCAUUGGAGGACCUUUCACAUCGACGACAUAAGUGGAAUUAUUUCAUUGAAACUUCCAUUGGACAGAGAAACACAAAAACUGUACGAGAUCAGAGUGGAAGCAUACGAUUUAGGUACCCCAACUCCUCUCAGUUCGGAUCUGGAUCUAAUAAUUUACGUUAGGAACAUCAACGACUACGAGCCGCAAUUCUUACUGGACAUUUUCAAUACCAACUUCACCGAAGAGCAACUUCCUGGAUCGGAAAUGGUCUUACUUCCACAGACUGUCGAUCGAGACGAAGUCGAUGAUCUCGAUGAUCCUCCCGUUCAAGUCUGUUAUUUCAUAGUUGGCGGGAACGAUGAUGGUUUAUUCACUCUCGAUAUUUAUAAGCACGAAUUGACCACUGCGAAACAGUUGGAUCGAGAGCAACAGCAGCAACACUUGUUAAUUAUAAAAGCUACGGAGGAUUGCAAUACGGUUCCAGCAAACGAGAGUUUUUACGACGAGACCACCGACGACACUACUUUAAAAGUUAUUAUAGACGUAAUUGACGUAAACGAUAAUCCGCCAAAGUUUGUUAGCAAAAUAUUCACGGGAGGCGUUACCACGGAUGCUGACUUUGGCACUCAAUUUAUGCGCGUGCAGGCGAUCGAUUUGGAUGCAGGCGAGAAUGCAAUGAUUAAUUAUUACCAAGUUGGCAAGAUUCAUAUGACUUUAACGGAGGGUCUGGACGAUAUUCAGUUACAACCAUUCCUCGUUAACAAACUCACUGGUGUAGUCAGCCUAAAUUUCGAUCCUCAGAGAGGAAUGAAAGGGUAUUUCGAUUUCAUGGUCAUAGCCAACGAUACGCAAGGUCUUCAAGAUUCAGCAAGGGUGUUCAUAUAUUUGUUACGGGAGGAUCAGAGAGUUCGUUUUGUAUUGCGGCAACAUCCACCGGAAAUUCGCAACCGAAUAGAAACGUUUAGAGAGACGCUAGGCAACGUGACUGGCGCGAUAGUCAAUAUCGACGAGUACAAAAUCCACGAGAAUCACGACGGUUCGGUCGAUCGUACGAAAACGGAUCUAUAUUUGCAUCUCGUGAAUCGCCGCGACAACUCCAUUUUGGAAGUAUCCGAGGUUCUCGAAUUAGUCGAUAGAAACAUCGAGAAACUCGAUACCCUGUUCAAGGAAUUCAACGUGCUCGACACGCAAGCGGCGCAGUAUCAGCCAAUUGUUCAGUACGAACAAGCAGGGACGACUUUUUGGCUAUUGACUUUGACCUUGUUUCUGGGCGCAUUGCUAAUUUUGUGCAUCGCACUGUGCCUUUCGCAGAGGGCCUCGUUUCGAAGGCAAUUGAAGGCAGCUAACGCGUCUCCUUUCGGUACAUCAGAUGCAGAAUUUAUCAGAGGACCUGGCCGCGUUCCAAACACGAAUAAACAUAGCGUGGAAGGUUCUAAUCCGAUAUGGAUGCAUGCUUACGAGAACGAAUGGUUCAAAAGCGACGAAUCCGUGAGCCACACAUCCGAGAGAGAUUCUCUUGACGAGAAUGCACUGAACAACGAAGAAUUAAUGAACGAAGUGAACACAAACCAAAGACACGAAGAUAAACCGUACUAUAUCGAGCCUAGGGUCUCUUCUAUUUCAAGCCUGGAAAGUAUAGCAAACAUACCAAACAACUUCCAUCAAACCUCGUCGCUGCACCGAGCUCACAACACGAUUGUUAAUCCACUGGGCAAGAAAAUCGAGACAACGGAGUUGUAAUCGAAUGAGGAUGGGCAACACUUCCAAUAAAUACGUUUCUUUAAGUGCUAAUAUAUAAACACUUCGCAAGAGAACUGUAAAUUUAGAAGUGAUCGUGUAAAUAGUCACACCUCGUACAAACGAUAGAAAUAUUUAAUAUUUAUUUUAUAAUAAUUUUAAACGCGACAUUAGCGAAUAUUUCUACACCGUCAGAAUCUUAUUAUCCAUAACUCAUGCUCUACAUCGAAUCUAGAAUAAAGCCAAAUGAUUAUUCCAACGAAUCUCAUGUUUUAGGUGCGUAAAGGUUGACUCAAGUCAAUCCAUGAAACGAAUGUGUACUAAUGAUCUCUGCACGUUAACUCCCAAGUUAGAACAUUUUCUACACCUUUGUAUAUUUUUCUGAGGAAUAAAAAAUAAUUUCAUAAUA